AUGAAAACCAAAAGAUUAAGACAAUACAGCAAUAAGCAAAGGAUACUUCUGGUCGGAGAAGGAGACUUCUCCUUUUCUCUAUCUUUAGCUAGAGCCUUUGGUUCUGCAACAAAUCUCACUGCCACCUCUCUCGAUACUCUAGAGGAGAUAGAGCUUAACUAUGCGAAUGGGAAAGCUAACAUAGAAGAAUUGACGAGACUCGGCUGCACCGUGGUCCAUGGAUUUAACGUGCACUCCAUGAGGCUUGCUCCAAGAUCAGAGCGUUAUGAUAGAAUAAUCUUUAAUUUUCCUCAUUCAGGGCUUGGCUUUGGCAGUGAGCACCAUAGAGUGUACAUCAUGUUACACCAAGAACUUGUGAGAGGGUUUUUGAAGAACGCAAAGAAGAUGGUGAAAGAUAAAGAUGGAGAGAUCCACAUUACUCACAAGACGGCUUAUCCAUUUAGCGAAUGA